AUGAAACGAUUACUCGAAGCUCUACCAAGCUGGCUCAUCAUACAGUGGCCGUCAGUCAACGUCUGUCGGUCGCAUAAAGUUCGUCCUCGAGACUCGCCCUAUGUCUGCCCUAUCGAGUUGAGUAGCGUGCUCAAGCAUCUUAUCCUCCAGCACGCUACUCAACUCUGCUGCAGAAUUCGAAAGCAGAUGUCAUCGGCGUACCAUAGGUUUGUUCUUCUCAGAUUUGGUUGUAGUAAAGCAUUUUUA